AUGCAAGGCAACGAAGGCAUUAUUGAAGGAGCUAGAGUUGAACUUUUAUGGUUUGAUGGAUCGAUUGUUAAUGGAAUAAUAAAGUAUACUGGCCCAUUAGUUAGCAUGAUUGGAGAAUGGAUUGGAGUUCAGCUUGAUAGGCCUAUCGGUAGACAUAAUGGAUUAUUUAAGGGCCGCCAAUAUUUUACUUGUCCACAUCGUUAUGGAGUAUUUACACGCCCUGAAAAUAUUCGAUUAAAACAAUUCAUUGGAAGGACAAGCACGUUGCGUAACCCUUCUGCUAAGCAUAAAAUACAGCAAUCAUUUGCGGAUGAAAAUCUGUUUAUGCAAUACGAAGUUGAUGAUAGGCCUGAUUAUCUUCGAUACAAAAUUGCUAAACCAACAGGUUUCGUAAAUUCGGUAUAUGUUAGCGAGUCGUUAUUUGAUAUAAGACAGAAUGAAGAGAUUUUUACUCCUUCAAGGCGAUAUAACCGCAAUCAUGUAAUUAGCAAAACUUGGAAGCCCAAGGCAGCCAAAAGCGAUCGCCAAGAACGGUUAAUUGAUUUAAAUUUUGAAGGUAGUUUUACGCCUACUGCUUCUAUACCGCGAGUUCGUAGCCCUACACGGAGUUUAAAUAGAACAUGGUGA